AUGGACUCUCCCGUCCUCACUCAGCUGUUUCGACAGCUGUUUCGCCAUCCAGCAUGUCAAUCAUUAAGGCGACCGCCUUCUCUACUAUCUCGACCGCAGUCCCGCUCAUUUCUCACCCGGCGCGGACCAGUCAAGCGCAAACAACAAGAUGAAAUCCAGCUCUGGACCAAACGGGGUGAUUACCCCAAGGACAUCGACGAAGAGUACCGGAAAUAUCCCACAGUGACAGCCAAAGAGCUACGGAACCGCCGUGAACGUCCGCGCCAGGUCAAAAUGCUGACGCGCGAGUUCAUCGACGACAGUCUCUAUAACCCACACUAUGGAUACUUCUCCAAACAUGCGACCAUUUUCAGUCCUGGAGAACCCUUCAACUUCAACACCAUCGAGGAUGGGCCGGCGUUCCACAAACUCCUAGGUGAACGAUACACAGAAUUUGAGGACAAACUUGACGCAACGAACCCAGAUAUCGCGCGGCAGCUGUGGCAUACGCCUACAGAGUUGUUCCGGCCCUAUUAUGGAGAAACAAUCGCGCGGUACCUGGUGUCAAACUACAAGCUCACCCUAUACCCGUACCACGACCUGAUCAUCUACGAAAUGGGUGCAGGAAACGGCACAAUGAUGUUGAACAUUCUAGAUUUCAUCCGCGAUACAGAUCACGAGGUGUACCAGCGUACCAAGUUCAAGAUUAUUGAGAUCUCGCCCGCACUGGCAGAUCUCCAGUACAAGAAUUUGACCGACAAGCUCACAGCCAAGGGCCACCGUGAUCGCGUGGAGAUUGUCAACCGCUCCAUCUUCGACUGGGACACUUACGUGCACUCGCCAUGCUUCUUCCUCGCUCUCGAGGUUUUUGAUAAUUUCAGCCACGACACCAUCCGCUACCAGCACGGCACCGAAAUGCCCCAGCAAGGAGGUGUCCUGAUCGACGCGGAGGGCGAGUUCCACGAAUACUACAACAACCAGCUCGACCCAGUCGCAGCGCGCUUCCUCCGCGUGCGACAGGCUGCCGCCCGUAGACCCUUCCCGAGUCCCUUGGGCCCUCCACUGCUCCGCGGUCUCCGCUCAGCCGCUCCUUUCCAAAAGGAGUACACACUGCCAGAGUACAUUCCCACUCGCCUAAUGCAGUUCUUCGACGUCCUGAACCAGUAUUUCCCAGCACACCGUCUGGUUUCGAGUGAUUUCAACUGGUUGCCGGAUGCUGUACCAGGGAUCAACGCGCCGGUUGUGCAGACUCGGUAUCAGCGGCAGACUGUACCUGUAUCGACUCCGUUUGUCCACCAAGGUUACUUUGAUAUUUUCUUCCCAACGGACUUUAAUGUCGUUGAGGAUAUGUACCGUGCCGUUACGGGCAAGUUGACUCAAGUCACGAGCCACGAGGAGUUCGUGCGCCGCUGGGCUUACAUUGAGGACACAGAGACACGGAAUGGAGAGAAUCCGCUGUUGACCUGGUAUAAAAACGCUAGCAUGUUGAUGACUGUAUGA